AUGGCAGAUUUUAAUCCUCAAGAAAGAGUCAAAAAAAUGGUUAAUGCUAUCAAGGCAGAGGUGAAUAUAUAAAUAAUGAAUUUAGGCUACAGAAAAGGCUGAAUAAAUUAAAGAUAUGGCUGCUCAAUAAUUCAGAAUUGAAAAAAAUAAGCUUCUUAAUUAAUAGAAAGAAAGAAUUAUAGAAGAGUAUAAAAAGAAAAUAGAAUCUUAUACAAUCGAGAAAAGAAUGUAAUACUAUUUUAAUAAUUAUAUUUAGUCAACGAUCUUCUAGAAUUAAUUAAUCAAGAUUGUCAAAGAUGCAAGCUCGUUUUGAAUUAAUUUAAAGACUUAAAGAAGAAGUUCGUUAGAAAAUGGCCAAAUUAAUAUAAGAUUAAAGUGUAUAUAGAGAAUUAUUGAAAAAUUUGAUUGUUUAAGGAAUGAUAAAAUUAUUGGAACCUCGUAUUGAAUUGACAUGUUUGGAAUAAGAUGUAUCAUUAGUAAGAUCAAUUUUGGGAGAAUGCCAAGAAGAAUUUCAAUAAAUCAUCAAAAAAGAGACUAUUAAAGACUUCAAAACAACUCUAAGCAUCAAUCAAAGCUAAUAUUUAACAGAGAAAAUGGGGAAACCAAUGUAUAAAUUAAAUUAAUAUUAGAUUGGGAGGAGUUGUACUUAGUUGUGCAAAUAGUAGAAUAGUAUGCUCAAAUACACUUGAUGAUAGAUUGGAACUUUCAUUGUAGGAGUUCUUGCCAGAUAUUAGAAAUGGUUUAUUUAGAAAAUGAU